GCUGCGCUCCGGCUAGGGCUGGGUGGGGACGCGGCGGCGGCGGCGCUCGGGCACGGGCGGUCCCUCCUUCCAGCUGUUGCGCGCGUGGCCUGCUUGGCGCAGCUGGCUCGGGGAGCGGGGGACGCUUCGGCUAGGCGAGGGCAAAGCUGUGCGCAGGAACCCCGUUGACUUCUGAAAGGAAGCGUCUCCUGGCUUGUGUCUUCUUUGCCUCCAACGUUUGCAAGAGCGAGAGAGGCAGAUUCCGGAGCGUGCUCGAAGCGUGGGGUGGAAAGAGGCACGACCAAGACGGCGCCGAUGGCCAGCAACAACACCACCAGCAUCGCGCAAGCCAGGAAACUGGUGGAACAGCUCAAAAUGGAAGCAAAUAUCGACAGAAUAAAGGUGUCUAAAGCAGCGGCCGACUUGAUGGCCUACUGUGAAGCUCACGCCAAGGAGGACCCCUUGUUGACCCCGGUGCCUGCCUCAGAAAACCCCUUCCGGGAGAAGAAGUUCUUCUGCGCCAUUCUGUAAACCUCACGCCAGCCCGACCCGGCUGUGGGGCCAACCCUGGACAAUGAUGUAGAGUUUUUUUCCCGGCGGCGCGGACUUGUUGCCGGCGUCUGCCCGACACUUUCAAAAGAUCCGAGCAGCCCGGGAGUUGACAGGGGGGGAAUGCAUGUUCCAAGAGCAAUGGGGCCUCCGUCGUCGCCGUCGGAGUUCGUGGGGUCUCGGCAGGCUACAGAUCUUGACGGUUGCAGAGGGGAAAACAAAAUGUGUCAGAGAGUCGAGUUUAAUGUCUCUGCGUCUGCUCUCGCCAAACGCAGCUUGCUUUCGACCUCUUUCUUUCUUUCUUUUUUCCGGUCCAAAUUUUGUUUAAAAAAAAAAAUGAAAAGAGGGUUGUGCGGAGCAAAGCUACAACUGACAAAAAGGGGGUGGUAUGUGUGUGUAUAUCGGUAACUGUCUUAGAUUUGUUUUGCCCCCCCCCUUCCCCACGUCACUUUUAUUUAAUGUUCAAUUGUAAAAUAAUCACAAGAAGUUCGAUCGGUGACGUUCAUCCUUAGCAGUGGGUCUUGUGCAUAUUUAGCAUCUUAGCAUAGAGGUGUAUGAGGAAGGGGGGAGAGACGGCCGGCAAAUCAGCCGGGACCGUUCUCUCUCUGUCCCUCUCUAUCUGUUUCUCUUUUUCUUUCACGAGGAGUCACCGCAGCGGCAGAGAGUUGGCGGAGUCGUCUUGCGUGUUCCUAGCGUGCUUCGUGCCACUGUUUUUCUAUCAUUUGUACCUGGUAGCUUUUGUCCGGCGAGUAAAUUGUACGUUGUGAAAA